AUGGCAACGGCAAGUGAGCACGCACCAUCCACAACGGUGAGGUUUGGCGAACAUGUUCACUCUCAAAGUACCAUAUAUCCCCCAACGGAUCAAGAUCCAAACAUCUACUAUCCUCAACUUGUCAAUCAAUGGCUCAGCAAGUACACCAACAACGUUUCAAAGAGAAUAUCUCAUCUCUCUGAAUGCUCACCUUCUCUACUGAUCAUAUUGUAUGAGGCUAUUUCAAAAGAUAAUCCUCUCACCAAUCCAGAAGAAUAUCCAAAAUUCAUCCGAGAGAAGAAAUUGACAUUCUCUCAAAAUCAAUAUAAUCUCUUCGAAUUAAUGAGUUAUUUAAGGAAACGAUUUAAACAUUCUUUUAUUUUGAGGAACGUCGAUGAAAGGAAAUUAUUGGAAAGAGACACCUUUGAAUUGAUCAAGUUAUUAGAUUGGCUGAUUCAGUUAGAAAAUCAAAGAGUUCAUCCUUAUGUGCCACACCUUGAUGAUGAGAAUUAUGAGAAGAAAUCAAAGACAUCAAAGAGCCUGAAUUCCAAAUUCAGUUUGGGAAACGCAAUGGAUGUUGAACAUACUCUCAAACAUCGAAAACGACAAUUUCAAUUACAAAGAGAUAAGCUGUCCAGAGAACAUGAAGCUUUUAUUAAAGGCUCAAUGAUUCGUGCUCAAGCUCGUGAGGAACAACUAUUGAGAGAGUUUCUUUCUCAGAGUCAACGAAUUGAGAAGGACCAUUUAAUUCAAAUGGUUGCUCAGCUCAAGAAAAAGGAAAAAGAAAUGAAAUGUAAACUACAAGAUCGAAAAGAUUCACUCACCAAUUUUUACAAAGGACAGCUGGAUAUUAUCAAGGCCAAGAAAGCAGAUCAAUCAUUUAAAGACAAGAUUAUUUCAAAGGAUUUAUUUCUAGAAUACGAUAAACAGCAUCGAGAGUUUCAUGAAUUUAAGGAACAAGAACUUGAGUUGCAGAGAUGGAGAUUUCUCUCUCAAAAAGAAAAAGAAGAAUUUAAACUGCAACACCAACUUCAAGAAUUGCUUCAGAGAAAUAAAAAGUAA